GGUCACACUGCUUUGCUAUUUCGCCAAUUUCGUGUCCGUCGGUUUCUUUUCUAUUGAAUUUUAUGCUCUCCAUUUGAAAUGGGGCCGCCAAAAAAGUCAAAAAAGGACCGCAGUGGCGCCGACAAGUUCGCAAAAAAGCGGCGUGCCGAGGACGAGGCCUUCACUCAGCUGGUGGAGGAAAACGACAGCCAGGAUGCCACAGAAUCAGAUGGUGUGCCCGGUGCAGCCUCCAAGAAUGCCGAGACCAAUGACGAACACAUCAACACAGAUGAGUACGGGGCCAAAGAUUACCGCUCACAGAUGCAACUGCGCCAGGAUCAUGGAAAUCGUCCACUUUGGGUGGCUCCCAAUGGUCACGUCUUCCUUGAGUCCUUUUCGCCAGUGUACAAGCAUGCCCAUGACUUUCUCAUAGCCAUCUCGGAACCUGUUUGCCGGCCAGAGCAUAUCCAUGAGUAUAAACUCACCGCCUACAGCCUGUAUGCUGCCGUCUCUGUGGGAUUGCAAACCCAUGAUAUUGUGGAGUAUCUCAAGAGGCUGAGCAAGACCAGCAUACCCGAAGGCAUCCUGGAGUUUAUUAGACUCUGCACGCUCUCGUAUGGCAAGGUGAAGCUGGUCCUCAAGCACAACAAGUACUUUAUAGAGUCACCUCACCCGGAGGUUCUGCAGAAGCUUCUCAAAGAUCCUGUGAUCCAGAAAUGCCGUCUGAUACGCAGCGAGGGCGAGGGCUUCAUCCAGGGAACCAUGGAUGGCAAGGCCAUCACACAGUUUGGCACCAAGCUGCCGCCAGGAGCGGGUGCUGAAAAGCCAGCCGAUGAUCCCACAGCAGCAGCAGCAGCUGGAGGUGCUCCUGGUGCUGAUGGUGCUGCUGUGCCCGAAGAUAUCACUGAUUUUUACGAAAAGAUCGACAAGGAGGAAGAGGAUGAAGACGAGGCGAAUCUGAAAACUGUGUCAUUUGAGGUGGCCCAGGAGAAAAUCGAGGUCAUACAGAAGCGUUGCAUUGAGAUUGAGCAUCCGCUGUUGGCGGAGUACGAUUUCCGCAAUGAUACCAACAAUCCAGACAUCAAUAUUGACCUUAAACCCGCCGCUGUUCUGCGUCCUUACCAGGAGAAGAGUCUCCGCAAGAUGUUUGGCAAUGGCAGAGCCCGUUCGGGUGUCAUUGUGCUGCCUUGUGGUGCCGGCAAAUCCCUGGUGGGCGUCACCGCCUGCUGUACAGUGCGCAAGCGUGCCUUGGUUUUGUGCAACAGCGGCGUUUCCGUGGAGCAGUGGAAGCAACAGUUUAAAAUGUGGUCCACAGCGGAUGAUAGCAUGAUCUGUCGAUUCACCUCCGAGGCCAAGGACAAGCCCAUGGGCUGUGGUAUACUGGUGACCACCUACUCCAUGAUCACACACACCCAAAAGCGUUCUUGGGAGGCAGAGCAGACCAUGCGAUGGUUACAAGAACAAGAAUGGGGCAUCAUGGUGCUGGAUGAAGUGCACACGAUUCCAGCGAAAAUGUUCCGUCGCGUUUUGACCAUCGUUCAGUCGCAUUGCAAGCUGGGCUUGACGGCCACGCUGCUGCGUGAGGAUGACAAGAUUGCGGAUUUGAAUUUCUUGAUUGGUCCCAAGCUUUAUGAGGCCAACUGGUUGGAGUUGCAGAAGAAGGGCUAUAUUGCCAGGGUGCAGUGUGCCGAGGUGUGGUGUCCCAUGUCGCCGGAGUUUUAUCGCGAAUAUCUGACCACCAAGACCUCCAAAAAGAUGCUGCUGUAUGUGAUGAAUCCCUCCAAGUUUCGCAGUUGCCAGUUUUUGAUUAAAUAUCAUGAGCAACGCGGCGACAAGACCAUUGUGUUUUCGGAUAAUGUGUUUGCUUUGAAGCACUAUGCCAUCAAGAUGAAUAAACCCUUUAUUUAUGGACCCACCUCGCAAAACGAACGUAUCCAGAUUCUGCAGAAUUUCAAAUUUAACUCAAAGGUCAACACCAUCUUUGUCUCCAAAGUGGCCGACACUAGUUUCGAUCUCCCUGAGGCCAAUGUCCUUAUCCAGAUCUCCUCGCAUGGCGGCUCGCGACGUCAGGAGGCCCAGCGUCUGGGUCGUAUUCUGCGUGCCAAAAAAGGAGCCAUUGCCGAAGAGUACAAUGCCUUCUUCUACACCCUCGUCUCGCAGGACACCAUGGAGAUGAGCUACUCCCGCAAGCGUCAACGUUUUUUGGUUAACCAGGGCUAUAGCUACAAGGUCAUCACCCAUCUCAAGGGCAUGGACACCGACACGAAUCUAAUGUAUGGCACCCAGGAAGAGCAGGGCCAGCUGCUACAGCUCGUACUCUCCGCCUCUGAUUUGGAUUGCGAGGAUGAGAAGCUGCCGGGAGAGCCGGGGUACCGGCCCACUGGUGGCGGCACUACCAAGCGUGCUGGCGGUUUGAGCUCAAUGUCGGGCGGCGAUGAUGCCAUUUACUAUGAGCAUCGCAGGAAGAAUAUUGGAAGCGUGCAUCCUUUGUUUAAGAAGUUCAGGGGCUAGGAAUUGGAGUUUACUCUUUUGUAAUUUGCUGUGAAUUUUGAAUAAAAUUCUGAAGAAAAGUUA